CGCGCCCAGCCUCGGCGCCAGCCGACAUAGUCUCAUAGAAAUGAUGACGUGUCGGUUGGGUUCGCGGCGGCUGGGUGGCUCGCGCGGCUCGCUGCAGGCCGGCACCGCGUGUUCCGCCGCCAGCGAGCUUGACCUCUCAUCGCGCUCGAGACGAUCACACAAGGCUAGAUUAAAAUUGCUGGGUGCUAGCGGAGAAGCGCCACUUCUGAGCGGGUGGCGCAGCACGCCACACACGCCGCAUACGCCUGCCACGCCCGCACCGCACCACUCGCACAACCACCUCGCUACACCGCAUUGUAACGGAACCGAUAGUGGUAGCAGAGGAGGAUUAAGACGGCGGUCGACGUAUACCAGCGGACGACUACGGUCGGGCCCGCAUUGGUCUUUCGUGUUCGACCCCGCUGGCCGUUUGUGCUAUUACUGGUCCAUGGUCGUCUCACUAGCCUUCCUUUACAACCUUUGGGUCAUCGUUUAUAGGUUCGCUUUUCAAGAAAUUAAUGGGGAAACUCUCAUAGUUUGGUUUUGCUUGGAUUACUUCUCGGAUUUUCUAUACUUAGCGGACAUUCUGUUUCACUUUCGGACGGGAUACUUAGAAGAUGGCGUAUUGCAGACGGAUGCGGCAAAGCUGAGGGCACAUUACAUGAACUCGACCACAUUUUACAUCGAUUGCCUCUGCUUGCUACCACUGGACUUCCUUUACCUGUCCAUUGGCUUCAACUCUAUUCUACGCUCCUUCAGGCUCGUGAAGAUUUAUCGUUUCUGGGCAUUCAUGGACCGUACAGAGCGGCACACGAACUAUCCUAAUUUGUUUAGAUCUACAAGUUUAAUUCAUUAUUUGUUAGUGAUAUUCCAUUGGAACGGGUGCUUGUACCAUAUUAUAUAUAAAAACAAUGGGUUCGGUAGUAAAAAUUGGGUGUAUCAUGACACGGAGACUGCGGAUGUUGUGAAACAGUAUCUACAGAGCUAUUACUGGUGCACGUUGGCGCUCACGACCAUCGGUGAUCUGCCUAGACCACGAAGCAAAGGCGAGUAUGUCUUUGUAAUUGCACAACUCCUGUUUGGUUUGCUUCUCUUUGCAACGGUGUUGGGUCACGUGGCGAACAUAGUGACCUCCGUCAGUACAGCCAGGAAGGAGUUCCAGGCGAAAUUAGAUGGUGUGAAGACUUAUAUGAGAAUGCGACGCGUGCCCAAUCACCUGCAAGUGAAGGUGAUCAAGUGGUUCGAUUACCUGUGGCUGACCCAGAAGUGUUCCGACGAAGAGAAGGCUGUUUCCUGUCUCCCUGAUAAACUUAAAGCGGAAAUUGCUAUUAAUGUGCACCUUGAUACUUUGAAGAGGGUAGAAAUAUUUCAAAAUACGGAAGCUGGAUUUCUAUGCGAGUUGGUUUUGAGGCUUCGACCAGUUCUGUUUUCGCCAGGCGAUUACAUUUGUAGAAAAGGCGAAGUCGGAAAGGAGAUGUACAUAGUGAACCGAGGCAAACUACAGGUGGUCGGUGACAACGGAAAGACAGUGUUAGCUACACUCAAAGCGGGUUCUUAUUUUGGCGAAAUUUCCAUUCUGAACAUGGGCACAGCAGGCAACCGGCGGACAGCGUCAGUGCGCUCCGUUGGCUACUCGGACCUGUUCGUGCUCAGCAAGAAGGACAUGUGGGACGUCCUCAAGGAGUAUCCUGCUGCCAGAGUUCGUCUUGAAGCUAUAGCAGUCAAGAGACUUGAAAAGUAUAAGAAAGCUCCUCUCGAAAAAGUGGCAAUGGGCCGGUGCCAGUCUACGCCAGGGCUGGUGGAGACCAGUGGGCGCGUGCCCAUAGAGGAGAUGCAUCUCCCGCCCGCAUCGAUUCCCCCACCAUUUCACUCCUCACACCCGCCUUCCUACCGGGACCAGCUAUAUAGUUCUUCAGUAAGCCCCCUUCGUGUAGCGUCUCCUGUAGCUUCAUGUGCAUCUAGUGCUCGUAGCAGUGCUGCGGGUGGCGGUAGUGUGGCAGCUGGCAGCGCGCCUAGAGUUGUUCUCGACUCACACGAGGCACUCGAGUGCGAGAUCAAGAGGCUCCGAGAACGCCUGUACACUGUGGAGACAGAAAACGCCGCGAUGUCAGCCAAAUUAAGUCAACAGCAAUGGGAAGUAGACCAGAGGUUGCAAGAGAUCGAAAUGCAGAUCUGCGGCGGCAGCUCACUGAGCUCGCAGGAGGAAAACGAGAGGAAUAGAGAGAGCAUCAUUUAACAGCGCGCCUCGCCUAUGCGUGUGCGCUUGCCCGUGCCGCCGCCGCCGCCUCGCCUGCCCGUCUGCUAAGAGUGAGACCGAACGAACAUUUCUAUUGCUUUCCCAUCUCGCACCGAACUCAUCGAGUACGAUGUGGACAUUAUCGAAGUGUUUUUAUGAUAAAUUAAUAUUACGGAUAAUAUUAAAAUACGAAUUAACUUUAUCAAAUUUAUAUACAUAUACUUAGUAUAUACGACUCGCUAUAAUUGACGAGUGUUCGUGGAGUGAGAUUUUGCCGAGACAAUAUUAUCUUUAAUGUUGGUUAAGUCGAAGUGUGAAGUGAAGUGAGUGAGGUCGAGCGCGGUGUAUCUGCGUUGGGAUCAGUUUAGCUCGCGUGCAGCCCUAUAGGGCCAUCGUCUUUAUAAAUUUUAGCAUUUGUAUGUUGUACAUACUAUGUUAAUAUA